GUCGCCUACGGAUACCGUAGUAUAAAAAGCGAAAUUAGUUUCCGGAAUAAGUUAAUGAAUUGAAAAUUAUUAUCGAGCAACAUGGAAUCGGUUUAUUUGGUAACGGGAGGAUCUUCCGGAUUGGGGGAAGCUAUAGUGCACGCAUUGCUCGAUGAUGGAAGUAGAGUAGCCAUUUUGGACAUCGAGCCGCCAAUUUCAACUGAUUUGGACAAACACAGAACUAAUGUGAUUUAUAUAAAAACUGACAUAACUUCAGAAGACGAAGUUUUGGCAGCACUAACAAUGGUAAAAACUAGAUUCGGAAAGCUCAGCGGCGUCAUCAAUUCGGCUGGAAUAUUUGCCCACGCUUCGAUUUACAAUUUCGAAACGAACUGUCCCCACAGUUUAGAACUUUUUAACAGAGUCUUACAGGUUAAUUUAACUGGAACAUUCAACGUAAUAAGACUGGCAUUAACUUUAUUAAUGCAAAACGAAAUCAACAACAUUGGCGAAAAAGGUGUGAUUAUCAACAUAUCUAGCAUUGGCGGAUUGGACGGUAGACCCGGCAACAUCGCUUACACAAUUAGCAAGGCGGCCAUGUCUGGAAUGACCUCGGCUUUGGCCAAAGAGCUUGCUAGCCAGUGCAUUAGGGUGGUUGAUAUAGCACCGGGUUUUUUUCAUACACCCAUGACCGAAAAUGUAGCUCCUGAGUCGAUAAAUUUUCAAUUUCCAAACAGGGGAGGUCGGCCUGAAGAAUUGGCUGAAUUCGUAAAAGUCGUGUUAACUACGCCAAUGCUCAAUGGUUGUACACUUCGAUUUGACGCGGGACAGUCCGUAUAGAAUGUAAUAAUAAGUGAUUUCGAUUUUGUGAAUUGUCCUUGGUUGACGUGCCCACUUUAAGGAAAAGCAAAGAAGAAGACGAAGAAGAUUCUGUGAAUGUCUUGUGAUGUGUUGUGAUGCAACAGCAUUUUAUAAGGAGUUUAACUGAGUUUUCAUAGUGCACACUAGUAACUAGUUUCGUAUUAUGAGAUUUCUCAAUUCAAGAAUGCAAAAACAUUGUUUUAGAAUAUGCACAAGUGAUGUAAACAAUUUACGUCUUAUUGCUCAGACGUACUCGUUAUGGUGUUCUCUACUUCUUAGUCAAUAGAGCUACAUAGGCCUUCCUUUAUAAGUAUUUCCAAACACAGUUAUGCAUUGUUUCUAAAAGAACUUGAUAUUUUUGGCUUGAGAAGCAAUUUUAUCAUUCUAUCAACAAAUUCUCAGAAGCUUUUGAAAAUAAGGAAAAAUCUUUGGGGAUGUUCUGUAAUAGGCCCAGAACUUUUAAUACUGACUGAAAAAAUUAUUUAGUAUUAUUAGGCUUGCAUUAGCUUGAAUUACAUCUUAUGAAAGCAAAAGUGUUACCAAGGAAAUGAAAAAAGGGUGAUGUCCCGCCGAGAAAAAGGUUUGGAGCACUUUUUGCGAAGAUGUUUCUCAGCUAGUGAUUGUUUUUGCUACAAUAGGUGUUAAACAUGAUUUUAGUCUGUUAAUAAAUUAGAUUGUUACAGAUGGAUAAGAACUAUUGGUUCAAAAUUACGACUUUGAAUUGCAUUCAGCAAGAACUGUUGCUG